CUCCAACUUCUUUCUCCUGCUGUAGGACCUGCUCACAGGACCAUGGCGCUGCGCCCUGAACGCUGCACUGUAUACGUGGCGUUGUGUUUUGUUUUAGAAACAUUAUUUACACUCACGGUUGGAGCGUCCGCAGGUAGCGGAUCUAAAGUUUUGUCACUUUUACAGCCAUAUGACUUUCUGUAUUACAGCGGGGUGCGCGCUUAUUACGGGGGGGAGUGGGUGAAGGCUGCAGAGCUGCUGGAGAAAUCCAUCCAGACCAAGGAGGCACUGCUGGAAUAUCGCAAACAGUGUUAUGAUGAUUGCUUGGUGUCUGGUAACGAUGCUCUAAAGAAAUUGGACUCUGAGGAGGGAAACAUGUGGGACCUCUGGGCCCUGGACUGGAUUCAGCAGAGAGCCGAGUGUCUGAGGUUCUGUAUCGGACGCUCCGUUACACCUAUGGGGCAGCUGCCUGUUUCAGAUGACAUAGAAUAUGAAUUCAACACUCGCAACCCUUACAACUUUCUGCAAGUCACUUACUACAAGUUGGACAAGUUGAAAAAGGCGGCAUCUGCAGCUCAUACCUACUUUGUGGCCAACCCGAGUCACCUGGAGAUGAGGAACAACAUAGAGAAGUACAGACGGAUGGAGGGAGUGACAGAGGAUGAUUUCCAGGAUAGAGAGAUGGAGAAACAUUGGAUCCUGUAUGAUGCAGCUGUUCAGCAUGAGGCCUCCUCUGACUGGCUGCAGGCGGCAGAGAAAUGGAAAGCCUGCGUGAACGAAACUCUGCAGCGCAUGGACGAUUGCAGGGUGCAGUGUGUGGUUAGCCCACAGCUGCUGCCUGAGGACAGGGGAUUGGACAGCUCUGAUGGAGUCUUCGAAAAGGCUGCAGCUCUGUCUCUGUCCCUGCUCUCAUGCCGGCAGUCCUGUGUGACUCGGGUUGCGACACGGCCUGGACGGCUCUCCGCUCAGGAGGACUUCUUGCCGACACAGCUUGAGCAUCUUCACAUUGCACAGUUUAAAUCUGGUGAUGUGAGGGGAGCUCUGCAGACACUUCACUCUUUUCUGCUGUUUUACCCCACUGACAAGGACUCCUUAGAUAACCUGCAGCUCUACUAUGAGACACUAGGGGGGGAUGUGGAGUCACAUGGUGUUCAGCCUGCUCAGGGAAUUGCCAAAUACAUCAAUGAGUCCUUGGAAGACAAGAAGCUGUUGUAUUUUGGUGUGGAGAACUUAAACUUUACCUUCACUGACCCGGAUCUCUGGACUCCGGAGGAUGUUGUACCAGAAUCUGUAAGAGAUAACUGGAGAGCCGAAAAACAGAAAAUAAAUGAGAAAAUAAAAGUAGGGGAUCAGUUGGAAGAAGUGGAUGACAGCGGGUUUUAUGCAGGAGGCCCGGUGCCCCAGGAUGGUGUGUCCAUAACCAUGGAUGAUGAAGCUUUGAACGGGACCAACAGAGUUGUCCUUGAUGGAGUCAUGACUGAGAAAGAAUGUAGCAGAAUAUUCAAUUUAGCAGCUAUUGCUUCAUCUAGUGGAGAUGGUUACAGAGGACGCAGGUCUCCACACACACCUCAUGAGACGCUGGAGGGUCUUACUGUGCUCAGGGCUGUAAAGCUGUCUCAGGAUGGACUGGUGAACCAGUCAGAUACCAGGUUGUUACAUGAGCUGGGAGAGAGAGUGAAAACACUGCUGCACUCCUACUUUAGGAGCCCCUCUGGGCUUUUCAUCUCCUUCUCACAUCUGGUGUGUCGCAGUGCAACUCCAGGGGACCAAAAAGGUAGGAUGGAUCUGUCUCACCCUGUACAUGUUGAUAACUGUCUUCUUGAGCCUGAAACCAAACAGUGUUGGAGAGAACCACCAGCUUUCAUACACAGAGACCUCAGUGCCGUUCUCUACCUGAAUGAUGAUUUUGAUGGAGGAGAGCUGUUCUUCACUGAAAAAGAUGCCAAAACCGUAACAGCCAGAGUUAAGCCCAGCUGUGGUCGACUGGUGGGCUUUUCCUCCGGACCGGUGAACCCCCACGGCGUUACCGCCGUGACGAGGGGUCGGCGCUGCGCUUUGGCACUGUGGUUCACAAAGGAGAAGCUCUACAGGGACAUGGAGCGAGAGGAAGCAGAGGCCUUGUGGGCAGCUGACGGACAGAGCAUUUUGAAAAAGGAAGAGGAGGAGAAGGAGGGAGGCGCCAGCCCUGGUCGUAACGCUCGGAACCACGCUCCUAAAGAAAGGAGCAGAGGGAGAAACAUGGUGACCGGGGGCAAGGAUGAGCUCUGAGAGUCAGAAAAGGCACUAAAGACCUGAUUCUGGACUUUUAUUUUAAUUUCUCCCAUCCCAUACUGUUUCCAUCCAAGCAUCUCACUCCAGCUGUGCAUCUUUUUUCAGUUUAUGUUGUUUUAAUUUGUGCUUUAUUUAUACUGUAAGUGAGAGGAACGAGGUUCCUCUUAUUUCUGUGAUGUGAGUCUGUACUUUUGUUCCAGAUGCAUUUCCGACCAAUCACUGACCUUGAAAAUGAAAAGAAUAUAAUGUGCAUUAAAUGUGACUCUAUCAGUGAAGCAUGAGUGCCACAUGCCAAAUGCACGCAAGUGCUGCCUGAAAAAGAGGAUUAGCGGCAGAGAGCGAGGUUAAAAAGCGGUAGCAAAGUAAAGCCAGGCUGCAAGAUCUGUUUAGCGAUUUACCUCUCGGGCCUCAAUGACUGGCUGCAGCUUUUGCUCUAAAUAUGAGGAAUAUGAUAAAGUUUGACGUCUGGUGACAGGAGCAUGAUGCACAAUAGUCUCAGACACUAAAAGAGGGAGAGGAGUGAGCUGUUAGGGAGAGAGGUGAGUGAGGAUAAAAAAAAGGAUAGAAAUAGAGAGAUUACUGUUAAUCCCUUAUAAAUAAGUGCAUUUGUUUAUGAAGCUUAAAAAGUCUCCCAUUUAGAAUAUGGAAUAUUAAUCCAAGGAGUGAGCACUUAAUCAUACACAUCCAGUGGUGUGACAGACGGCUCAACCUCUGCCAUCUUAUCUUACCCAUUACAACCAGGCUCUCUUUGCACCCUUCGUCUUGUGCAUUAUAACCAGCCUCUGUUCACAGCCCAUAUUAACUCUCUCGCUCCCCCUGUGCUGUAAUCAGUUACUAGAUUUGGGUCGACCAGAUCAUUUUUAUGUAGAUUUAACCCUAUCCCAUAUGACACAGCCCCCAAAAUGUCUGUUAAUCUCUUAUGAAGCAGGUGCCACUAAGAACCCCCACUGUUUGGUGUAAUGAUUACUCUCAUUCCUGAAAAGCAUAAAAUUCACUGAACCUUCCAGUUGGUUUUCUGUUGUUGGAUUAUUAGCAGAAAUUACAUUAAGCCACUCUGCAAGGUAUAUAAACCUAGAGCGUUGAUAGGAGUCAAACUGACAAGAUCACUGCUUCCUAAAUAUUUGAAUAUAUCUGAAUGAUACCAGGAUUUGCUUUUGUAGAUGUAGAGAAAUAGAUUAACCAUAAAUAUGGUUUGUUCAGGAAUUUAAUCUACCGUAGUCCUUGAAGAGUCUGGGUUAAUUUACAGGAACUAAAACAGUAAAAUCUCAGUAUAUAUACCGGUAAGAAUAUUAUUCAUAUAUAUUUAUUCAAUACAGGCUGACUAUGUAGCCUGGAAAAGAUUAAUAUAGAAAAAGGAAAUGGAGAAUGGGAAGUAUUUUAAUUUUACUAUUAUCCUUCUUUGGUUUUCUAAAAUAUCCAUCUGACAAUCAUCCAUCCAUCUGUCAUCCAUCAUUGAUCCAUCAUCCAUUCAUCCACCGCUUCAUUAAUCCAUCCAUCCACCCACCCACCCAUCUAUUCAUCCAUCCAUCGAACAACCCAUCCAUCCAUAAAUAAAUACAAGGUUACUUAAGGCACAAAAAACAAUAAUCUAGAGUGAAUAAAAAGUGACACAAGGUAAUAAACAAAGCCUAAGACAAAAAAAAGCUGAAAAAAAUUAAAAACAUCCUGCUUUUCAAAAACCA